AAAAAAGAAAAGAAAUAUCAAAUAACAAAGAGAUUAAGCAACUGAGGAGGAAAGGAGAAAAAAAAAAAAAUGAAAGCUUGAUAUGAAGGAAAGAGGCAUAUCCGAGCAGCAAGCAGAAAAGAAAAAGAAACGAUAGAUAGAGAUCCGAGGUUGCUACCCAACAUUCUUCGCAUUGUAAUUGGCAUUUAAAGUUCAUUUUUGUCUUCAUAUUCGAGAUCUUAUUCGCGUUGAACGAGCUUUCAACUAUAUCUUGGAAGAAAUUUUGACUCCGGUUUUUGGUUAUUCAAGUCAAGCUGCUUUCAAUGAGCUUCAAACGGUGGGUUAUAGCUUUGUUUUUGGAAUUUUAAGCUUCAAUGGAAGGCUAAAGCAGUAAUAGAAGUUGAAUUUGAGUAUGAAUUGGAGGAGUGGGCUGUGAAAUGUUAUGGUUUGGUACCAGGAGAUCAUUAGGGUGAUGGGAAUUUAGGGUUUUUUGGAAAAUGUAUUGCAAGGCUAAGGAUUUGAUUUCGUGCUUAUUGGAUAUGGUUGUUGACCUUCCGCAUUUUGAAUGGUACAGUUGAUUCAGUUACUUAUUGUGAAUUAUAUUUGUAUAAUUGUUUUGGAUUGCCAGAAGUGGGAUUAAAUUAAUGGAACUUUUGAAAAUAACAAUUUGAAUGCAAGGUUCAAUUGUUUUAGUUGUGUGCUAUAGUCAUAUGCAAGUGAUGGGCAAUUGGAUUUGUGGCUGCAAGGAGAGGUUCAAGUGAUUAUUUUGAAAGUUUAGGUUGUAGUGGAGUGGACAUGCCUCCUUCUCCGGCAUUGAGAUAUUCUCCUGGGAGGGAGCCCAGAGCUGAGAACCAUAGGCGAGGCCACAGUCUUGAAGGUGGAUUGCUGUUCAAGGAGAAAGAUGACGAUCUUGCAUUAUUCAAUGAAAUGCAAUCCAGAGAAAGAGAGAAAUUUUUGCUCCAGUCAUCUGAUGACUUUGAAGACACAUUUUCCACAAAGUUGAGACACUUCUCAGAUUUCAAGCUUGGAAUCUCUAUUCCUGUUCGAGGAGAAAGUAGUGAACUGCUACAUGCGGAUGGGGAGAAGAAUGACUAUGAUUGGUUAUUAACGCCUCCUGAGACUCCACUUUUUCCCUCAUUGGAUGAUGAGCCGCCAGCAAUUAACAUUCCAUCCAGGGGCAGACCUCGGAGUCAGCCUAUCACUAUAUCAAGAUCAUCCACUAUGGAGAAUAGUUACAGAAGCAGUAGGGGCAGUGCAAGUCCAAAUCGCUUAAGCCCAUCACCUCGGUCCUGUAAUAGUUCAAUUCAGUCCAGGGGAAGGCCAUCAUCAGCAUCUCAUUCUAGCCCAACUCCUAGCCAACGACCUGCCUCUCCAUCACGUAGACCAUCUCCUUCUCCAAGUAAAGCUACAACACCUGGUCCAAGGUCUUCAACUCCGACCCCAAGGAGGACAAGCACAGGGUCAAGAGGAAGGGGAGUUUCACCUGUAAGAACAAGUCGAGGGAAUUCUACUUCACCGAAAAUAAGGGCAUGGCAAUCAAAUAUCCCUGGUUUCCCUUCUGAAGCACCACCCAAUCUCCGCACCUCUCUGGCAGAUCGACCAGCAUCAUACGUAAGGGGUUCUUCACCAGCAUCUAGAAAUGGUAGGGACUUAAGCUCAAAAUUUCAUAGGCAAUCAAUGUCUCCGACUGCUUCUAGAAGUGUUUGUUCAUCACACAGUCAAGAGCGAGAUCGGACUAGCUCACACAGCAGAUGUUCUGUUGCAUCAUCUGGUGAUGAUGAUUUGGACUCUGUGCAAUCAAUUCAUGCGGGUAGCUUAGACCGCUUGGCUUCAAAAACAACUGACACAUUUUCAAAUAAUAGAGCUGUGGCAUUUUCUAAGAAAUCAACGAGAAUAAUUUCUCCUAGUUCUGCUCCAAAAAGAUCCUUUGGUUCUGCUCUUCGUCAAAUGGAUCAUCGGAAGAGUCCUCAGAACAUGUUCAGACCACUCUUAUCUAGUGUGCCAAGUUCUACCUUCUAUGUUGCAAAAGCAAAUUCUGCACAUCGUCCUUUGAUGUCUAGGAAUUCUUCAGUUGCAAUCAGCAAUAAUGCAAGUUCUGAUCAAGGUACCAGUGCUGCACCUGAUACUGAUGAAAAUGACCACCGUUUGGAAUAUAUGGUAAUUGAAAGUGGAAAAACAAGAUAUUCUGAUGCUCAGGAAGAAGUAUUUGCCUUUGAUAAGGUGGAUACAUUAAAUAAGGAUGUCAGGCAUGAUGCGGAUGAUGGUUCGCACUUUCGGGUUGGUGAUUUUGACAGAAACCCUGCAGCUGAAUGUGAGCCUAAUGACUCUGAAGAUUUCAGCCACCAGCAGAUUGAUAUGGAGAUCAGUUCUGCUUCCGACACUUUAUGUGUCAAAGCUGAUUUUUCAGAAGUCGACAGUAGCAAAAACACAAAAGUUUGUUUUAAAUGUGGUUGCAGGUAUGUUGCCAUUGAAAUGUUGGAAAAGGAUAUAAAUCUUUGUCCAGAUUGCUGUAGACAAAACAAUCUUGUGGCUGCCACCUGUCUGGAGACAGCAAUAGUAGCUUCUAAGAAUUCCCCCGUGUCGUCUAUGAAUAUUUCUGAACACAAACCAUUUGAUGAGCUUGACACACAGGUGGCCAUACCUAAGUCACAAUCACAAGUUUUUGAUGAGGUAGAGUCGAGAGUUAUUCAGGAAGGAGAUGAUGUUAAGCAUGGCCAAGCUACAUGCCAUGAACAAAGCCAUACUUACUUCCAAGAAAGUUCCCAAGCUAGGUCACCAGUGGAGGGAGAUGAGCAGAGGAUUGCUAGCCAGCAUGCAGCUGGGCAACCUGCUGGUAGUUACAUGCUACCUGAUAAUGACUCUGAAGCUCAGCAAUUGCUACGUUCUAGUGACUAUCAAAGUCUUAAGGUGGAUGUCUCUGAAGGUGCUGGCAUUUCUGUACUGCUUAAGAGGUCAAGCAGCAUCAAGGGGCCAGUUGUUCAAGCCAGGACUUUUAUUGCCUCUACCAUCACUUACGAUGAUUUCUCUUAUACUCGAGAUGGUGCAAACAGUUUGAGAAGCUCCUUUGGACAUGCCAGUACCUCUGCUUCAUCCUCUAUUGACUUCAGCUCCGGCAGGCAAGUCGAAACUCGUGUUCAACGGCAGUUAAGUGGCAGGAAAUCUGACAUGGAGAACUACAGAUAUGACACAAAAAAUAGACCUCAAAGUGCUGGAUCAUCUUUGUCUGGAACUUCAAACCACACUCAUGCUUUAGGUCUUGCAACAAGCACCCAUGAAGAGAAAAGUGAGGCUUCUGUUGGUGAUAUGAAGCAUGAUGGAAUAGAAGGAGCAACUUUAACUUCUCACGGAAUAGUGGUAUCUUCAGAAAAAAAGGAAAUGGGUGUUUCUAAUGUAUCUUUUACCGGUGCAGUAGUUCCUGAGGAGGGUUGUACAUCGGGUUUUUCAUGCCAGACAGUUGGCAUUCAGUUAGAGGAGAAUCCAGUAGCAUCAAUUCCGACUUAUGAAGACUGUCAUCUACAUGGAAACAAAGAUGAUUUACUAAACAAUACAAUCAGUAUCUCAGAUGUAGAAGCAUCAAUUAUUACUCCAGAUCCUCCAGUUGAAAUGGAACAUACCAUGUUGAACUCUAGUGUUGAUGGACGAAUUGAUAUUGGGGUUACUGCUCAUAGUUCUUUGGUCUCAAUAUCUGAAAUAGAAACUGAGAACUUCUGUCAAAGUUCCCUUGGCUCAGAGAAUGAUGAUGUCUCUACAAAUUCAAAGAGUAGUAUAAAUGAAUUUCAGGAUGUUUCAAUCCCUACAUCUUCAGGCAAGGAAAUGUCUGCUUCUGUUCUGGAGCAAAGCAACUCGGAUCACUCACAUGGCAUAUUGGAGGAUUCAACUGUAAAGGUUCAGAGAGGAAGUAUGGCAAGAAGCCUAACCCUUGAAGAAGCAACAGAUACAACACUUUUCUGUAGCUCCAUUGUCCAUGAUCUGGCCUACCGGGCUGCAACUAUAGCCAUUGAAAAAGAAGACUCGGUCUGCCUGGAAGGUUCUUGGCCAACAGUUACAGUUCUGGGAAAGUCCACUGCAGAUAGAAAGGAUUCACGCAGCAGAACUACGGGAAAACGUACAUCAAAAUCCCUGAAAGUCAGACGGAAACGGAUGGAAUUGGAUGUAAAAUCCCCUUCUACCAAGACCGAGAAUGAUGAAAAUGCCAAUGAAUCUAUGGUACGUAAUGUUGGCCUUUCUAAUAACACGGAUAGUAUAAAGCCUCCGAAGCUGGAAUCCAAGUGCAAUUGCACAAUAAUGUAAAAGUCUUUCAUUCACACCGUGCCAAUGGUGCCCACCACGAAAUUCUGCUACCCCCUCCAGCCACUUGGAGAAGUUGCUGAGUGCUUGUACGUUAAUGGUUUUUUCUGUGUUUGAAGGGCUGUUUAGAUUAUUGCUAAUUGGUUUCUGUUGGUUCCAAUUAAUUUGUAAGAAACACCACAAUGCGUUGGUGAUAUAAUUGUAAAGUUUUUAUUUGUUAUUAGGUUGAUAUUAGUGAAGAGCAUUGGAGAUUUGUGCUUGUUCUGCUCCAGUCGCCUCAUUCUUGUUAGUUACUCCCAACUUGAUUCAAGUCCUUGGUUAGAGAGAAGUGUGAAUUAAAACCCAACCAUUCAUAUUCUUAUGAUUGUUAAAAGGUAUAGCUUUGAUUUUGCUUCA